AUGUCGCCUACUCAAGGAAAGCGGCAUACCAUGCUAUCUCUGGGCGAAGAUGCUUUAGCAUACUAUGGGGUAUCCACGGUUGUCUUUGACGUACACAUCGUCGUGGGUGAUGUCAAGAAAGCCGCAGAGGUUGGCACCCUCCGCCUCCUGAGUUUGAAGCGCGGUACAUCGACAUUGAGGAGGCCACUUGCUAUCUUGUUGAACCGCAAUGCAAGGGCGUGGGCCCCUUUGAUCCUGUGGUCGCUCUCACCGCUGCCUCUGAUUGGGAUAUCAAGCUUCCGGAAAUUGCCACACAGACAAGCUGCUGUCACUAGAGAAUUGCUAGAUGGCCUUUUAUUCCACCGUUACAUCAACUGCUGGAUUCCUUUAUCAGAAGAUGGCUGGAUACUCCUGACCUCCGAAGAGGAGGAACAGGAGUUGGACGACGAGCUUUCACAUAGCGACCUCGACAUGUCCGUUGAGGUGGGACGCGCUGCUGAGAAACCAGGGCGCGACGACUCGCGCAGUUCUAUGAUGAGCUUCGAGAACAGUGUACGCUCAUCCUCGCCCGCCAUGCGCGUUGAAUACCCUACACCACAAAAGGCAGUUGCUGCUACGCGUCCGUCGCGUCGUGCAGUCAGUGACAACCUACGAAAGAACGCUCAGGUGCGACGAGCAACCCUAGCACAGAAAGAAACAAUGAGCCCCCAAGUCUCGAAGGCUCAACGUGACCAGCGUCGGACAUUUUCCGAUAUGCACGCAAAAGUGCGUGACAGCUAUGAGGGCUCAUUUUUGGGCGAUGAAAGACCUGCCCCUAUCGCCACGAAAACGCGUUCGACGCGUUUUGGAAACGCAAACACCUCACAGGAGAUUGCAGACGCAAUUGAGCGAGCUUCGCGGGACGCCUACGCGAAGGAACUCCGCAAAUCGGCUUCCAACGCAGGAACUCCCCGAAAAAGCAGUGCCAAUGCAACCAACACCAACACUAACACUAUUGGUGAAACCAUGACCCAUCAAUCCUUCCUUCUUCCCGACCUCCCUAACAUCUCUGAACUUGUCUCUGGUGUACGUGUCUCCCCCCAUGAGCACAUGCCGCUGGAUGCAGUUCCCGUCCCCGAAGAUGAGAAGGCCCUGUUUGUUCAUCUGAGACUACUUCAGGAUAAGGUGGCAGAAUUGGAGAUGUUCAAGUCUGAGGCAGAGCGCAAAAUGGACAGUUAUCGCCAGGAGAACUCAUCUUUGAAGGCGAACAGACCCCGCCAGUCAUCGGCUAAGUCGGAACCGGAGGAUAAUGCGCACAAGAAGGGAUCUAAGCGCCUGGAAAGUGAGAUCCAGAAGUUAGACGCAGCCAAUCUCGCUUUACAAAACCAGUUGGACAUUGCCGAUCGAAAGGCCCAGGUCCAAGAGUCUGCCAUCAAGCGCUUGAACCAUGACCGAGAGUCGGCUAUCUCACAACUUGGCGCCGCUUAUCUCGAAACUCGAGAGCUGAAGGCCGACAACGAGGAAUUGCGACGGGAAAAUGCGGAACUCAGGUCCCAGCUCAGCCGAUCCUCGGGCCGCAAGGCUCGCGAACAAGACACCGCUGAGUCCGAAACUAGUUCAGCCGUGUCUGAUGAUGUCGAUGACAGCCAGCUUUACACUGAGCGCAGUGGAGACGCUAGUCGGAGCACCAGAGACAUCACAUCGAAAAGUAACCGCUCAACAACGAGAACCAGACGCUAUGAUGACUCCCGCUCCAAAGUGUCUAAUCAAGUGGAUAAGGAAAUUUCUCGCCUUGAAAAAGAACGUGCCGAUGAGGCUCUCUUCUCUAUCGAGAUGCCAUCAUCCAGACGUACAUCGACCUCUAAACCAUCGAAGCCAGCUGUGUCUCGCUCUUCCGAAUCCAAGAGCUCCCGGAAACAACCCAACACGACCAAACAGCGCGUGAAGCGAGUGGUAGUUGAAGAUGUGACUGGGCCGGAGGUGUCCGAGCAGACGAAGGCUUCGUCUGAAACCGACGUUACCUUGUUGAGCGUUAUUGAUGAACAUGAGAUCUCUCGUCUGCGCAAGACAUUGGAAGAAGAAAGAAUGAUGCGCAAGCAGCGUCGCCCGAGUGCCCCUAAGGAAUCUAAUCCUACUGAGGCCGUCAACUCGACCAGACAGAGCAUCUUGAAAACUCCUGCCCCUCGCAAGUCUUCUCUUCGCGAAUCAAAAGCAGAAAUCCCUCGGCCAGCCUCGGCUACUGGAGAUAUUACCACUGCCUCAAAGACAAAUACCGAGGGAGACAGUAGUCUCACAGUACCAAUUGCAGAGCGCCCUCGACGCCAUUCAGAAAAUUCGUUGCCAGCAACAUCCCAGCGCAAGAAGCAGCGAAAUGCCGACAUGACAUCCGCUUUCAUCCUUCCUGAUAUCACCCUCCACCACGUCGACUUGGCGGCAGCUGAUCCAUCCAAGUUGCCACAAGUCACCCAAAAAGCAUUAGAUAGCAUUGCUCGUCACAAUGGCCAGAACUGCACAGUUUGCAAUGGUCACUCCACUGAUGGCACCUGCAACCACGAGUCGGUGAAGGUCGCCAAACCCAUUCCCGUGUCAGAGCGUAUGCCCAAGCCAUCCGUCUGGAACGAAGAGCCAACCAUGCGCCCCUCGCAACCCCCCGCCGUCGCUCUUGCUACUGUUCUCAAGGGCCUGGAGGACGAACUCUCUCAUCUGAAGAUGCAACUGGCCACAUACCAAAGCGCCUACAACAAGCUUGACGCCUCGCUCGGCAAGCGCCCGCGCAAGGCCCUGCAAGAAAAGAUUGACAAAGUCUUCAAGGACAUCGACAUGAAGUCCGACCAAAUCUACGCUCUUUACGAUGUUUUGGAGGGCCAAAAGCAAGAUGAUCGUGAAAUGACCGAGCACGAAAUGGAAGCGACUCUCGAGUCAAUUGGAAUCGAUGUUGGCGCGUCCCACGCACCUGAUGUCACUGGUACUACCGAUAAGUCUUCUCGCCACAGCCAUAUUGACCUGGAUGACGAGGAGGACUUGCCCUGGAGGGCAUCGAGAGCACUGCUGAUAUGA